AUGGCUUCUAUUACUUCUAUUGUCAAGUCUGCUGAUUUCAUCUUAUCCAGACCAACCUUAUCCAAGAUUGUUUCUCCAAUCGCUAAGACCUUUGUUGCCUUUGCUGGUUACAGAGAAAUGGGUUUAACUUUUAAUGAUUUAAUUGCUGAAGAAAGUCCAAUUGGUCAAAAGGCUAUUGCUAGAUUACCAGAAGAUAUCAGUUAUGCCAGAAACUAUAGAAUAAUAACUGCCCAUCAAUUAUCUCUUUCUCAUCAACUUUUACCUCCAAAUAAGGCUGUUAAACCUGAAGAAGAUACUCAUUAUUUAAUUCCAUACCUUUUAGAAGCUGAAAAGGAAGCCUUUGAGAAAGCUGAAUUAGAUAACAUUCAAGUUUAA